UUCGGGGACAUCCGAUAAAAUUGGAACGAUACAGAGAAGAUUAGCAUGGCCCCUGCGCAAGGAUGACACGCACAAAUCGAGAAAUGGUCCAAAUUUUUUUUUCCACCUGAUUUUUUUUUCAUACGACCUUGAAUUAGGUUUACGAUUUCUGAGUUUUUUUUUGAAUCGCCAUGUUUCAUUUCUGAUUCAUUGAUGCUUUGUGUUGGGCUGCUCAACUGAUUCUCAGAGCGUAUAAGCUGUAGCAGAUGAGCAUCUCCACCGACCCGUAUCGUCGUCUAUUGUUUGCUUCCACUCAUUAAGUGCCGAUCGCGUGAUCCAAUCAAUGCUAGCUGCCAGGAAAUUCUCCAGCUGGAGGAGAUCUUCUGCCUGCCGUGUGUGCGCUAAUGGCAUUUCACCUGAGGCACAACUCCAUAAUUCCACCCCUGAACAACAAGAGAAGCAUUUGCCUCUAAGCCAUACGAAGAAGGGGUGCAAAUGUGGACAUAUAAACCACAGUGUCUCACUCAAUCCCGUCUUUAACAGAGAAUCUAAUACCACUGGAGCAACACUUGAUUUUUUUAAUUCGGUGCAUCAUCGUUAUAGCACCCGUUCCUAUCAUAGCUAUGGCCUGAACAAGGUGCUGGGGAAUAUGCCUGAGUUUGUGAGAAUUGUGGAGGUGGGCCCAAGAGACGGGUUGCAAAAUGAGAAGAAGAUCGUACCAACGAGUUCCAAGGUUGAACUAAUAAAAAUGCUUGUGUCUGCUGGACUUUCAGUUGUGGAGGCUACUAGUUUUGUGUCGCCAAAGUGGGUACCACAGCUUGCAGAUGCAAAGGAUGUAAUUCAAGCAGUUCAAAGAAUCCAAGGUGUGCGAUUUCCAGUAUUGACACCAAACCUUAAAGGUUUUGAGGCUGCUUUUUCAAGUGGAGCCAAAGAAGUUGCAGUAUUUGCUGCUGCUUCUGAGUCAUUUUCUCAGUCAAACAUAAACUGUAGCAUUGAAGAGAGUCUCACCCGUUAUCGUGAUGUUGCUCUUGCAGCCAAUAAUCAUUCCAUUCCUAUUCGUGGAUAUAUUUCAUGCGUCGUGGGUUGCCCAGUGGAAGGGGCAGUACAUCCUUUAAAAGUAGCAUAUGUUGCUAAAGAGCUUUUAGAUAUGGGUUGCUUUGAAAUUUCCCUUGGUGAUACAAUUGGGGUUGGUACUCCAGGAACGGUCAUUCCAAUGCUUGAAGCAGUUUGUGAAGUAGUUCCUGUGGAGAAGCUUGCUGUCCAUUUUCACGAUACGUAUGGCCAAGCUUUGUCCAACAUUCUCGUGGCACUGCAGAUGGGAAUAGGCACAGUGGAUUCAUCGGUAUCAGGGCUUGGGGGUUGCCCAUAUGCCAAAGGUGCAUCGGGAAAUGUGGCGACGGAAGAUGUUGUGUAUAUGCUUAAUGGACUGGGUGUGAGGACAAAUGUCGAUAUCCAUAAGCUUAUGCUGGCAGGGGAAUUCAUCUGCAGACUUUUGGGCCGACCUUUGGGUUCUAAGAUGGCAAUUGCCCUGACGAAACGCGCCUCAUUUCCUACUUCCAAACUUUAGAGGUACAUUUCUGUGGGCAUAUAUCUUAUUGAACUUUUUUCCCGGCAUGCCAAUUUAUGUACUCCAAACUCUAAAGAACUAUGUAUGUAAUGUAUAGGUUUUUUCUGUAUACAUAAAUAGUUGGGAUGCCCAAUAGGGAGUAUAAUUUAAUGGGGUUUGAACCCCUCCCCCCCACCCAACACUAUGAGGGUCCGUUUGGUUUACGUAAUUGGAAUUGAAAUGCCAUGGGAUUCAAUUUCAUGGAAUUGAAUCCAUCAAUUCCAAUUCAUUUUUUGCACUAUCAAUUCCAAAUCCACAUAGUUUUUGUGCUGCCAAACACUGGAAUUGGAAUUGAAGUUCUCAAUUCCAAUUCCAUAGUUUGAAUUUUGUAUACCAAACGGGGCCUGAGAGAAUUUGUUUAUGCCGAGCAACAAUUAUUUUCACAUUUCUUUUCAUGUAUAGAUAAUUGAUCUUGCUAUAUUCUUUCACUUUGGUUAUUUUGACAACAAAUCAUAGUGUCGUAU